AUGGUUGAGGACCCCUUCGGAAAGAUCGACGGGCAACGAGAGUUUCUGCAGUAUGACGACACGUCUCCUCAGGGAACGCGAGUUCUGAUCUUCGCCACGUCUGAGAGUCUUGGGCACCUUUCACAGGCGACUACCAUUCUUUGCGACGGAACUUUCAAGACAAGCUUUACACGCUUCAUGGGGUCAAGGAGUUUCAAGGACGAAACAUCUCCUUUCCUUUCGCAUACAGCUUGUUAUCCUCAAAGACAGAGGACGCCUACUUGCACCUGUUCAAUGCAAGUCCAGAAGACCGGACUGCAGGCUCAAUAUGCGAAUGACGCCGCUUUCUCAAGCUUGGUGAGACAGCUGUGUGCCCCCCACUUCUUACCCCCUCAUCGGAUACGUCAGGAUUAUGCAGAAAUCAAGCCCCACUUCCCACCCCAGGCAGAUAAACUUCUCGAGUGGUUCGAGAAACACUACGUGAUGGGGAGGGCAAGAACGCUACAGAACGGGCUGGUAAUUCGCAAUCCACCUCUCUUCCCUCCGAGCCUGUGGUCGGUGCAGCCCCUCAUGGACCUCGGUGCGGGGGAGGGAAAUGUAGAGUUGGUGCUUGUGCGUGCUUUCCGACUUGUGGCCUGGAUUGAGAGGUUUCAUUUCCUUCGAAGCACGCCUGAGUGUCGCCUCCUCUCACAGCCUCCGGGCCGCCGGGUGGCUUCGGUGCUGCUGACCCUGCUGGUGUGCGGGGCGGCCUGGGAGCCCGGGUCCGGUGGGAAGCAGACGUCCCCGGCCCGCGGCUACUACGCCUUCGAGAAGGCCCGGCGGCCUCUAGACCGGCCCCCCAGGGUGCGCAAGCCGCCCUACCACCGCGCUAACGUGCACUGCCCCGAGCGCGCCGUCUACGGCAAGUUCUCCCCGAGGGACACGUUAUGCGGGGACCUCAACAAGGGCUUCAUCCCCAGGAACCCCAUGGGACAGAGGCCGCUCGGAGACCCCUACCCCUUUGAGGUCAUCAAGCGGAAGACGCUGGAGUUCCUGUCGGAGACGCUGCCUCUGCUGCGGCGCGACCCGAACCUGCCCAAGGUGGCUAGGCUCGGAGGGCCCCAGCGUCUACUGGGCCUGCUGGGGGUCCCUCCCCCGCUGCCGGACCUCUCGUUCAGCUACUACCAGAGGGGCCCCCGGAAGGCCCGGAGCCACAACGCCACGCUGAGCGGGGACUUGCGUCUCGCCCAGGAUGAACUCCGCGAGUGGACAUCCAACAGCAGCCUGCGCCAGCUCUGCCGGCACGGCUCGGGAACCGUGUGCACCCUGUUCUCGGCCCUGUCCACCGCACGCAUUUCGACGGCCCUGCUCCAGACCAUUGUACAGAUGCUCACCGCCAGGACGCCGUCCAUCGCGGACAAGGUGCAGGCCGCCCCCUCGACGCAGGGGAGCACAGCGUCCGGCGGAAGCGGGGGAGGCGCCACCAACUUGCUCAGCAUGCUCACAUACGCCGCGGACAUCAUCAACGCUAUCAACCCGGACGCCAGUUCGUCGUCCACGACGCCCUCCCCGCCCAUCGUGAAUCGGUCCCCGCUGACCCAGGUCCUGUCGGCCCUCACGGGAGCCACAGGGUCGUCGGCAGCCAGCUCCAGUCCCCUGGUGACGGUGCUGGACAUGAUGACCAGCGACAGCUCGCCCAUCAAGCUCCUUGCCAACGUGUACAACCAGCGCAAGAAGAAGCCCGUCGCCGACCAGAGCGCCCAGAGCAUGGAGAACGACGUGGACGGCGGCCUGCCGCCGACCCCUUGCCCGUCGCUCGAGGAGUACGUGACGCCCACGUUCGCCAGGAACUACCAGGGGGUCUGGAAGUACGUGGUCCAGAUUCCACACGAGGGCUACCUCACGCAGACGGUGCAGCAGACCAAGUGCAUUUCUACCCGAUGCGACUUCGUGGAGGGCGGCCUGUGCUACGAGUCGCCACGCUGGGUGAGCCUGCUGGUGGCCGAGGUGUUCUACCCCAACGCCGUGUUUCCGACCGCGUCGCCGCAGCGACGCCACGCCACGCGGCCGCGGCUGCCGGCGGUGCAUGACUUCCACCACUUCCAGCAGUACCUGAACCGGCGAGCGAGGCCCGCACUCCAAGCGCAGCGCCGCCAGGACGGGCCCCGGCCGUGGGCCGACGCUGCGCGCGCGGAGACCAAGUGCGACGGCCACGACCAGGUGGGAUGCUACGUGGUGCGCAUGUACUACGACUGGUUCCUCGUGAACGGCUCGUGCAAGUGCUGGAAGCCCAGCGGGAAGCAGGUCUUCGCCGGAGGACGUCGGCGCCGGACGUCGCCAUCGGAGCGGCCGUGACGUGCUGCAGACUCGAGUGGGCCGCUGUGAAGAACAACGAACCUUUUCUGGAGAAGGGUUCUACGCAUACUAGGGUCCUCCUCACGCAGCGGCAAAAACCUGGAACUGGAGUUGGCGCCAGGAAGGGAAGUUGCCUCCUCCGCGACACGCAACUCCCCUUCCGGACGGCUAGCAUAA